CCACCACCUCGCACCAGUACUCCGAGUCAACCAUCUAAUCACACUCGUCCAUCUCCAAUUCCACAUCUCCAUCACAAUGGCCAGCCUCCACUACCUUCCCCCCGUUAAGCCGUCAGCCAUUGCGCUCGGCACGGCCUUCAACCACGCCGUCUCGCUCGCCGUUCUCGGUCCCGUCUUCGGUGACGCAUACCGCCGCGCACAGCAGGCCAACUCCAAGGAGGAGUACUUCCACACCAAGGAGGCUUCCACCGCUGCUGCCUCGUGGGGUAGCUCAAUCCUCGGCUCUGCCGUCCAGGCCUACGGUGUCGGUGCUCUGAUCAACGCCACUGGUACUCUUACCUACAAGGGCGCUGCUUACCUCGGCUCUUUGAUCUUCUUCGCAUCUGCUGCUCCCUCGAUUGUUUCCCAGGUCAUCACUGAGAAGCGCCCGCUUGACACCAUUGCCAUUGGCGCCGUUGCCCGCGUCCUCGAGACCGUCGGCCUCAGCUUGUUCCUCACCUACUGGGGAACCCGCACCAACCCCUUCGACUAAGCGUCUCACCUGAUAGCUAGUGAAGGAGUUUGGGAUUCUCAUCUUGGCGGCUUAGAUUGAGUGUUUCAGUCACAGCGACGAUGGAAACGACAUGAACUAAGAAUAGCCUUGAUAUGGCUUGCUUCUAUUACGAAUGUAACAUUACCUC